AUGGCUUCGUGGGAGCAUGAGCUUCGCGAGAUGUUCCAACAGCACGACAAGGACAUGAGCGGCUUCAUCGGCAAGGAGGACAUCGUCUGCAUGCUCCUCGGCGCCGAGAAGGACGACAAGAAGGACCCGGUGUGGAAGACGAACCUCCGUUUCCUCAUCAACAUCAUCAAGUCGGCCGACAAGGACGGAGACCAGAAGAUCUCCUUUGAGGAAUUCAAGGAGUACAUCACGAAGGCGUCGGCCGAAUCUCAA